AUGUUAAGGGAUUUAUGGACUAUUCAGUUGGUGGGCACGCAUAUAUAUCGGUUCGCAGAGCGUACAGCGUCUGACCAAGGCCGUUGCCGCCUUUUCUUGCCUUGCCGGGGUUCCGGUGGUGGUGAGACGCAAAGGGGGGGGUGGACUCCAACGUUGAACGUCAACGGCUAG